AUGCAAGGAUUGACUUACUGCUACUACAAAACCGUGGUGGUGAUCAUCCGAUUCCUGGCCGACGUCCUGGGUUUCUUUGUGGGCCGGCCAUCGCCCACCCCCGAUGAAGUGCUCCAAAUUCCAUCCCGCGACGCUGGACGGACCAUCAAGGCUCAUGUCUACCGCUCAGCCACUGCAUCCGCCGGCACCGGCCCCAAGCCAGUUCUUCUCAACUUUCACGGCAGUGGAUUCAUCUUCCCGCAUCACGGCAGCGAUGUGAAAUACUGUCAGCGCCUGAGGCGCGAGACCAAAUAUACGGUGGUGGACUGCUCCUACCGCCUGGCGCCAGAGAACCCAUUUCCAGCCGCCCUCAACGACGUCGAAGAUGCCGUGAAAUACGUCCUGAGCCGUCCAGACGAAUACGAUGCCUCGCACUUCGCCAUCGGCGGCUUCAGCGCCGGUGGGAACCUCCUCGGCUAUUCUGUUCCCCCGGGCACUUUCCGCUCCUUGCUCGCCUUCUAUCCCGCCUUGGACCUGAGCAGCCCUGCCAACUCCAAGACGGCCCCGAACCCGGGUGGCAUGCCCAUUCCGGCCCCGCUGGCACGCCUGUUCAAUCGAUGCUACGUGCAGAACGAAAUGGACAAGCGAGACCCGCGCAUCUCCCCCCGCUUUGCGCCGCUGGAGCGGCUCCCGCGCCGCCUGCUGAUGAUCACGGCCGGCCACGACACUUUGGCCCACGAGGCGGAGGAGCUGGCGGCGAAGCUCCAGCAGCUCGAGGGCUGGCAUGUGGUCAGUGAACGCAUGGAGUGGUGCAACCACGGGUGGGACAAGCUCACGCGGGCCAAGCCCGAGCAGCGGCAGGCGACGGAGCGAGCGUACGGGCUGGCGGUUGAUAUGCUGAACGAAUAG